AUGACAAGUGAAAGAACAAAAAGGAGAAGAGUUAAGGAAGAACUAGAAUGUGUGCAGUUUGAUCUUAAUUUUUCAAAGCAAAAGAAAAGACAUACCUUUUGUAAAGAAGUGAAUGUGAAUUUCAAUGAUGAUUUUAUUGCUAAUAAUCCAAAUAACAAAUACUAUGAAGAAAAUAUCAGUACUCCAAUAUGUAAUAGUUAUAAACAAAAUAUUGAAGAAAACUGUUUCAGUUCUGGAACAACAUUUUGUAAUGUAUAUGAAUCUUAUUAUAAUUAUAGUUUAUUUAGGAUGGAGUCUCCAAUUAACCUAAGACUAUUUUAUUAA